AUGUGGAUCUCUUCGAGACCUCGAACGGGAAUCAGGGUGGACGGACAACCGAUAGAACUCGUCGAUGAGUUCUGUUACCUGGGCUGUAUGCUGAAGAACAACGGCAGCUACGAGAGAGAUUUUCAGCAAAUAUGCACUAAGGCCACUUCUGCAUUUAACUCCUUAACGAAAUGCCUCUGGUCGACCCCCAUCACCAACGAAGUCAAGCUGCGAGUUUACCUAUCCGCAGUUCGCCUUAUCAUGAUGUACGGAUCAGAGACUUGGGCAGCACCAUCAACGGUUAUGGAGAGGUUUGACUGCACGGAACGAAAGCUGCUUAGACGGCUACUUGGCUACUUUUGGCCUAGGGUAUGCCAAAAAGAAGAUCUUUACGCAGAAAUUGAUGUGGUUUACCGGCGGAUGACACGUGGAAGAUAUCAACAUCUUGCACCGCCUUAA